CCAUUACAACAUGGAUAAGAAGACGUCAUUAUGUCUAUUUUAUAUUGCUCUCUUGGUUCUUCCUGCCCCAAUCCUUGCUGAAGUUAAGGCUGAGAAAGAACGGGAAAGACGCCAAGCUAUAGCUGUUCCGUUGGCCUCUAUCGCAGGAACAUCAGUAGCCGCCCCUGUAUUUGCAGCACUUCUUGCUAUUUAUGGUGCUUAUACAUUAGCAAAGUAUGGAAUACGAGUAAUCUCAAAUAAAGACAGCCAUCCGUGUGGUAGAGGUUAUUGUAGAAAAAGAUGCCAAUCACAUGAGAGGAUUGACUGGGGCCUGACAACAGGCUGUGGUGACUAUUAUUGCUGUGUGUAGAAGAUCAGGAUUGUUCUGAUUGGUCAUUGUCGCUCAGCUGAAUAACAUUCUAUCCAAUAAA